AUGGUUGUAGUCUGCUACAAUCAGCUCCUCCGAGUCCUUCUGGACAACGGCAAAUGUUACAAUUAUUUGGAUCUGGAUAUCCUCCGGCCAGACAAUUCAAGUGGUUUCUUCCUUGACAUGCAUCUGAAAUUCAGCCCCGGUAUCUCAAAUAUCUUUGAUGUAUUCCCAAAUGCAGCUUCUCCGAUGGCAACAAGUGCCAACGGAGCAAGGAUGAGCACCAAUGAUGAUGUCAUUGGUGCUUUGAGGUAG